AUGGGUUUUGAUGAAGGUCUUAUAACAUUAAAUAGUGACAAUGGUUCCUACUUUCCUGGGCAAACAGUUUAUGGUAAAUUAGUUUUUAGUCAGGACAAAAUUAAGAAGUUUCGAGGUAUUUCUGCAAAAUUGAAAGGAUACUGUAAAAUUCAUUGGACUACUCACCACAGUCGAAGAAAUAGUCAGGGUAAAAGUGAAUCUUAUACAGUCAAUCAUGAAUCCUAUGAAGAAUAUAUUAAUCACAAAGCCUUUUUAAUAGGAGGAGAGAGGGGUGAAGUGGAAUUACAACCAGGUAAGUAUGAAUUCCCUUUCGAGUUCCAAUUGCCGGGUAAUUGCCCAUCAUCAUUCGAAGGGACCGUGGGACACGUACGAUAUGAGAUCAAAGUGGUUGUCGACAGGGCAUUUAAGAUUGACCAGGAGAAAAAAGUUGCUGUUCGAAUUAUUGCGCCUUUGGAUUUAAACCAGGACCCUUACUGUCGGGAACCCAUAGAGUUUGAAUUCGAAGAUGUGUACUGCUGCUGCUGUUUAAGCCGGGGUGCCACAGACACCGUAGUGAAACUACCGGUGGCGGGGUACUGUCCUGGGCAGCUGAUACCCAUCGAGGUAGCUUGUGAGAAUAGUGGCCGUGUUACCAUAGAUGACAUUAAGCUGAUGAUUAAGAAGAAAGUAACAUACCACGCAACUACGAACCCCGCUACGCGAGAGACAAAGGAUUUGAUAGCAGAGAUCAAGAAAGGACCAAUUCCUGGUGACACCACUCGUAAUUGGACUGUAGAAAUGGUGGUGCCUUCCAUUGACAUUUACAAUCUUGCUGCCUGCAGAUAUAUUGACGUGGAUUAUACAUUCAAGGUUGUAGUAUCACCUAGUGGUUGCCACAGCGACUCCAAAGGCUAUAAGCGUUUAGUUAUCGGGAACAUACCUUUAGUGGGCUAUCAAGACGAUGUCCAGAACCCUCUACAUGAUCAAAUGCCGCAAAUUAGUGCGCCCAUUGUCAACCAGCCGUCACAUCAGGGGAACGUUUCUUACCCCGCACCAUAUCCUUACCCCGAAGUGACUCCUUAUCCUUCGGGAGCUUCCUAUCCUGUUACAACCCAAUAUCCUUCGACCCAAAAAGCCCAAACUCCAUAUCCGCCAGACCAAAUUGCUGCAAACACGCCAUACCCACCGCCGUACUCUCAAAUUUCCCAAAACCCACCAUAUCCUCAAAUUUCCCAAAACCCACCAUAUCCUCAAAUUUCCCAAAACCCACCAUAUCCCCAAAUUACCCAAAACCCACCAUAUCCUAAAAGUCCUGCUUAUACAUCAGGAGAUGCAGCACAAUCUCCACCAGCCAAUCCACCAUAUCCCAAUUCACCUUAUCCAACACCUCAAAAUAUGCCUUCAGCAAAUCCACCAUAUCCUCAAAACACACCUUAUCAAGAUACCCAGACCCCCUACAAGGGAACUGGAUUAAAAACAGGAACAUUUGGUUUCACCGUUCCGACAUCAGUGGCUUCAGAAGGGAACCCUCCAAGUAUGCCAGCAGUGACCCCAGCGAAUCCAUUUGCCACUGCUAGCGCUCCGCCCGCUCUUGAGAAGGAGUAA